ACAUAAACGUACCAGCACGUGAACAGCAAAAGUUUAAAAAUGUAGAUAUUCCAAAUCCUUUCGAAAGUUCUUUUAGUGACCGUUUGACUAUCGCAAACAAACAAGAUUUGACGAGUACCUACUUCCAUUUAUCAGGUACCUGCACAUAAAUAAAUGAGAGCCCCGCCACCCUUCCCUCUGCACCGCGACAACUCAGUCGCGCUGUCACUGGCUGGAAAACGUUCUCUAUCCAGGAAAUUUUUAUUUGAACGCGAUAAGAUAUCGAUAAUAAAUUGAUAUAUGCGAGGUUGGAUUUUAAUUGUUAACAGUAGUAGCUAGUCGGUGCGCUCGGUGUGUUGACACACCGAUAACUCGGUUUGUUUACGAUCGGUUAUUAUUGCGACGGCGACGGCGGCGGCGGCAGUGGUGUGGUCUAGCACAUUCCGUAUCUAGCUGCUCGGACUGACUGAGGAGUAGUGUGGCCCUUCAACAUGGAUAGAGAGUGCGACGAUGACGAAAAUAUCCAGUUACUUAGUGAAAUUGAUCAUGAACGGACUACAAGUGACUCGAAUUUGAAUAGUGUUAUGGUUCACAGAACUGCCUCUCAGGAUACGAUAGUGUUUAAUAGCAAGAUGAUGAAGACCUCCACCCUCACGGAGGACAUGGGCGCCACGUGGGGAGGCCGGAGGUCUCUGCCAGACUCGGGCAGGCUGCGCCGCGUGCACUCGUGGUCUGGCGGACCUCCAGAUGACAUUAGCUCCGAAAUUAUUAUAUUGAGAGAACGGUUGGUUCGGACGCAGGCCCGCCUGCAGCCGGGGGCAGUGCGGCACCUCUCCAGCCGGCAGAGGCUGACGCUGGCUUCCUUAGCGCUCGUGGACUUCAUGAGUUUCUGCUCCAUGAGUGUGAUGGCGCCGUUCUUCCCCCGCGAGGCAGCUGCCAAGGGUCUCUCAGAAACUAUGUGCGGCAUUGUGUUCAGUUUCUAUGCGGUCGUUAUGUUCCUUACAUCGCCUCUGUUCGGGAAAUUUUUACCGACUGUUGGUGCGAAGUUCCUAUUUACAGGAGGCAUGUUUGUCGCCGGCGCUUGCAAUGUAUUAUUUGGCACACUAGCGUUAAUUGAAGACGCGCAAAUGUUCACGAUACUCUGCUUUGUGGUGCGCGGGAUGGAAGCUCUCGGCGCGAGUGCCUACUCCACGGCAAGCUACGUGUUCGUGGUGAACACGUUCCCCGACAGCAUAGGCUCGGUGCUCGGCAUCCUCGAGACGUUCAUCGGUCUCGGCAUGUCAGUCGGACCAGCCAUCGGAGGCCUUCUGUACACGAUCGGGGGCUUCGGGCUACCAUUUUACACUCUUGGCGUUAUCAUGGUGUUGACUGUGCCCAUCAACUUCUUCCUGCUCACUGACUGCGAAGAGUAUGUGUCCGGCUCUAAAACGGCUUCGAUUAUCGCUUUGUUCAAGAUCCCUUCGAUAAUAAUAACGGGUCUUGUAAUAGUGAUUGUGUCCAAUACCUGGGCCUUCCUCGACCCGACUCUGGAACCACAUCUACGCCAAUUUGGUCUCUCCACCGAGCAGAUAGGGUUGAUAUUCCUACUAUUCUCCAGCCUCUAUGGAAUAUUCAGCCCUAUAUGGGGUUGGGUUGCAGAUCGGGUGCACAAUCACUGGUGUAUGAUGGUGUGGGGUUUGUUCCUGUCUUCGGCAGGUUUGCUACUUCUAGGACCUUGUCCUUUCAUACCAGGUCUACCGAGGGAUCUGUGGUUGGAUUUGGUAGCUUUAUCUAUACUGGGUAUGUCCGUGGCACUGACACUCCUGCCCACCUUCCAAGGAGUAUUAACUAGUUCUAUUUACGAGGGCGGAUGCCCCGAGGCGCUGACGACGUACAGCGCGGUGGCGGGCGUGUGGUCGUGCUGCUACUCGCUGGGCGAGGUGCUCGGCCCGGCGCUAGGGGGCGCCCUCACCGAGCGCUACGGGUUCCCGCUCUGUGCCACUCUCUGUGCUGCUGGCUGCUUUACUAUGGCAGUAGUAACUCUAACUUUCUUCUCUCUGCGCGAGUCCCGUAAGUGCACGCAGUCGAGUGGCAGCGCGUGCGACUCCAUCCCGUACACGGACACCACGUGGAACAGCAACAACUUCUGUCGCACGCGCAGCGCGCCGCAGAGCAUGGCGGAGCAUGCGCCGUUGAUUACACCCUGCUCUUGUUACAAUACACAUGGCUUCACUUACGGAACCUCUCCUCCGAAACAUUUCUGUCUACUGCACAACAAGAGCAAUAAGAGUGGGUACGCUAGUAUCGCUGAAAUCGCCGCGUACAUACUCAAAUUUCAAUUCGUCACUAGUUUCUACAUAAAGAUGAGGAAAUCACGAAGAAAAGCCAUCACACCUCCACCCAGCAAGCCCGUGGUCGACGAGGAAUUGUACCAAAACUACCUUGACAAAGAAAAUGAUGAGUCCCGUGUGAAACAACGCAUCAACUCAGAUGGCUACAUUAAUAUGACCAAGAAAAGCGAUAAUUACUGUUCAUAUUUAGAAGACGCCAUCUUCGGCAGUCCUGAUAUCAUGAACAAUGUGUCCGCUGAUCAUUUGAAAGUUAAGAAAUACAACACGGGCCUGGUUUCCACAGAGAAGCGCUGCGAAACUGAGAAAAGAACCACGUACGAAAUAAUACGACAUAAUCUCGAGAAAGUACAAUUUUAUGAGCAAGACGAGUGCCCAGCGUUUGAAGAUAUUUUUGAUAGUUGCGGUUGCAGAGAUGGUGUUACCUACGUGAGAGGAACAGUGACCGUGUCCUCCACCGGCGCCUGUGAAGUGUAGGAUACCGUAGUUACUGGGUUUUAAAAAUUAAUUAUGUAAGAUUUUAUAGUUUUAAUUCAUACCAAUUUAACCAAAUACAAUUCAAAAUAUUAAAUUUAAAUAUAUAUAA